AUGGCCGACAAGCCAACCCCAGCCGAGGCACCGCCUCCCCAAGUACAGGAGGCGGAGCCGUCUCAAACCCCUGCCCCCGUGAGCGAGGCUCCAGGUGAAACAAAGGAAGAAACAGAGUCCGCAGAUGUUGCCCCAGAGGCGACUGAAAAGCCACCUGUUACGACCGAAACUGCAACCGAAGAGCCCGCACCUGAAGCGGUUGAAACACCGGCAUCUGAGCCUGCAGCCCUUGAACAAAGUCCUGCUCAAGAGGCUGCACAAGUUGCUGAAAUUCCACCUCAGUCAGCUGAAGCUGCACCGACGGCAGCACAAACAACUGAGGCUGCAAGUCCCGCCCCUGUCGUUGACGAAACUGCGGUUGAAAGUCCUGUCGCUGUUGUCGCAGAGGCUACACCCCAAACGGACGGAGCACAGGCAGGAGGAAGUCCCGUCCCAGCCGCCGAAGAAACGCCAGUACCGGAAGCUCCUCGGGAGCCAGUCAAGCCUCCUGUGGUUUCAACAGGACAGAGUCCUGCAACAAUAAAAGUGGAAGUCACGGCGAGCGAAGUCGCGCCCGCGGCUCAGGAGGCCUCCGCGGAGGCAGUAGAACCGGUGGUGUCCUGGAGUGCUUCCGAUGUUGGCGUGGCGGCCGCCGAGGUUACUGCAGAAGUGGCGAUAGCUAAAAACCGAACAACUCCACCUUCUACACCAGUCGAUGCUCCUCAUACUGCAGGACUCAAGGAGAAGCCAGAAGCUACACCCCUUUCAACAGAGAAGCCCAAAGUCACACCCCCUCCAACAGAGAAGCCCAAAGUCACACCCCCUCCAGUGGACAAGCCCAAAGCCAAAGUGGCACCCCCUCCAACGGAGAAGGCCAAAGACAAAGUGGUACCCCCUCCUUCGAAGCCCAAAGCCAAAGUGGCACCCCCUCCAGCGAAGCCCAAAGCCAAAGUGGCACCCCCUCCAACAGAGAAGCCCAAAGCUAAAGCGGCACCACCUCCAGCGGAGAAGCCCAAACCCAAAGCCCCUCCUGUGGUCGAAGAAACAGAGGAGACGAAAACAGUGACGUUCGCACCAGGACCACCCGAGGUCAUUUCCGAAACUUUUAUUGAAAUGCCUGAUCCCAUCUUUGUAAAGGCCGAAACAUUACAGACUCCGGUCGAAGCCAAAGUCACCACCAUCCGCUCGGUGACGCCCUCCGCCCAACCGGAAGUGAUGAGGAAAAUCCAGAAACUUCAGGCCAAAGCUCAAACCCAACAACCAACGGAAGUGGGCGUCAGAAAGGUGACUAGGAUCGUCACAGAGGAAAAGCAACCAGAAGUAACCGAAGUCCGAAAAGUGACAAAGACGACUGUACAGCAACCAGAAGUAACAGAGAUGCGAAAGGUGACACGCACCGUCGUUGAGCAACCUCCGGAGGUGACCGAGGUCCGCCGUGUCACCCGUACAGUGACCGAGCAACCGGAAGUGUCCGAGGUCCGCCGUGUCACCCGUACAGUGACCGCCCAGCCGGAAGUGUCCGAGGUCCGUCGUGUCACCCGUACAGUGACCGAGCAACCGGAAGUGUCCGAGGUCCGCCGUGUCACCCGCACGGUGACCGCCCAGCCGGAAGUGUCCGAGGUCCGCACGUUCACUCGGACGGUCUCCGAGCAGCAGCCACAGGUGACCGAGGUUCGGAGGGUUACCCGCACCAUGUCCAGCGACCAGAAACCGGACGUGAAAACGACAACCUUCCGUACCGUCACCACAAAGGCAGAACCUCCAGAGGUACGAAAGACAACCAAAGUUAUGACAACGGUGACGAAGGGCGAGCCUGUGACCACCACUCAGACAAAGGUACAUAAAACGGUCACCAAGCCUGAGACCAAGGUCCACACAAUCACUAAGGUGGAGCCUCCCAAAGUUGUCCGCAAAGUGAUUGAAGCGCCCCCUGUCGUUAAGACUGUGGUGCACAAAGUGGAGACCGCUCCAGAAGUCAAGACAACGAUCAUCGAAGCACCGCCAAUGAAAGUUUUCAAGAAGAUCACCCGUGUGCAGCAGCCUACCGGGCCGUCCCGUGUGAAGGUGCGCCGCACGGAGUUUGAGGCCGGUCCCGGCGACAUCGAGACCCGCAAGCUGAAGCACCGCAUCAUCACUACCACCACCACCACCACCACUGAAGGCGGGGAGACCACAGAAGACGUCCAAACUCGGACAGAAGAAAGCACCGAAGUUGACGAAGGAAAGCGGGUCGGCAAAUUAACCACAUACAGAAUUGAGGGCGAGCACCCCGUGCGUCGCGGAGAGGAACUGCAGAAGGACGAGGCUACUCUCCGAGAGGUGCGGCUGAAGCGCCUGUGCGCUCGCUUCGAGGCCGGGGAACAGCUGACGGACGAGGAGAAGAUCACCAUGUACAGGAUGAUCGAGGAGGAGAAGGAUUCCAUGCCUGGACCCGGGGUAUCAUGGGAACUACGUCACAAGUUCGAAAAGGGCGAUGUAAGGAACGCGGAGCUGAAUAUCCAGCGAGAAGUUGCCACCGAAGUGGUGAGGGACAGCUACGGCCAGCUCAUCCCCAAGUUCGACCGAGGGGAGGUACAUACUGCUGAACCUACAUACCAAGGUGAGAAGCCAGAAGACGUACCCAAAGGCGUUUCCACCGUCUUCAAGAGGAAGUUUGAGAAGGGAGACGUGCGAAACGCCGAGUUGUUGGACUUCUCCGAGGAGGCCGUGGUCGCCAUGGGCGCCGCGAAGGGACUGAAGGGCCCGUUCGAAGUGAACGCCGACAUGGUCCACAACGCCGAGUUCAACAUCCAGAAAGAACAGUGUCCACUCUACGACAGGUACGUGCCCGAGAAAAAGAAGUUCGAAAAGGGUGAAGUCUCAAAUCUAGAAUUCGACAAGAAACCAAAGAUUGAACUAGCCAAAGAAAUCAAGUACAUCAAGUUUGAAAGAAAGAAGGCGGAACCUGUCGAGCAGGAAGUUGGAACCGUCUUCACAAAGGACGUGCCUCCACCGGAGGUAGCGGUAGUCAAGGAAACCAUGAAGAAGAAGUUCGUCACCGGCGAUGUCCACAACGCUGAUGGGUGA